AUGUCGGGUCUCAAGCGUCUAACGAACAAUGAGUCGAAAAAGAACAACGAUUACAGUUUACAAUUGAGCCGAUGGUUCCUCAUAUCGAUUGGCGCUUGGCCGCAAACACGCACAUCCAGCAUAAUGGAGAAGUUCUCCUCGAUAAUACUUGUUCCCAUUUUGUCGUCCGCAGUGGCAAUAAUUAUCACACCGUGCCUCCUAUAUGUAUUUCUUGAGGCGAGGGACAUGCAGACGAAAUUGAGUCCUCUCCUUCCGCUGAUACAUCGAAUAAUAGGCUCCUUGAAUUAUUGGAUACUACUUACACACGGCAAAGCCAUUCAUGAAUGUAUAAAACAUAUGGAAAAGGAUUGGCAUGUUGAGAAGACAAUCGAGGAUACUGAGGUGAUGAUGAAACACGCCAAGAUUGGUCGUUAUAUGACCGCAGUCUGUGCGAUAUUUAUGCAGGGCAGUGCACUUCUGUUUAAUAUAUUUACAACAAUGAAAACCGUAACCUUUAUUAACAAUAACGUAACCACUAGGAUACAUCCGUUGUCAUGUCCAGCCUAUCGCAAGCUUCUCGACGCAAGAUUUAGUCCGGCGAAUGAAAUCAUGAUUAGUAUGCAAUUCAUAUCGAGCUACCUAACGAAUUCCUCCACAGUGUGUAUUUGUAGUCUCGCCAUUGUGUUUGCAAUGCACGCCUGUGGUCAGCUGAACAUGUUGUCCGCGUGGUUUAACGAAUUCGACAAGGAUUAUGGGAAGAAAAACUAUCUAGCUGAACGAAGAUUGACUGCAAUCGUCAAACAUCACUUAAGAGUCCUGUGUUUUAUAGGACGUAUAGAGAGCAUUAUGUAUAAAGCCUGUUUCGUGGAAUUAAUGGGAUGCACGUUGAAUAUGUGUUUAAUUGGGUACUAUUUAGUUAUGAAUUGGAGUACGUUUAGCACUGCAAAAUUAAUGUCAUUGAUUACGGUAUACAUAUCAAUGGCUUUUAAUAUUUUUAUAUUUUGCUACGUCGGGGAAAUUAUCACCGAACAGUGUAAGAACGUUGGUCGAAUGGCAUACAUGACCAAUUGGUACAAGUUGAAUUACAAAACUGCGCGUGGUUUUAUAUUAAUAAUUGCACGGUCAAAUAACGUGAUCAAGAUAACAGCAGGAAAAUUAUUUGAUUUGUCUAUUGCCACGUUUGGAGAUAUAAUUAAAACGUCUUUAGCGUAUAUGAAUGUAUUGCAAACAAUUUCCUAUAUCGUGCAUCUUCAUGAAGCGAUCAUGUCGGGUUUUACGCGUGUACCAAGCGAUAUUAAAUCGAAAAAAAACAAUGAUUAUAGUUUACAAUUCAGCCGAUGGUUUCUUUUAUCUAUCGGUGCUUGGCCGCAAACACGAACAUCCAGCAUAAUAGAGAGGCUCUCCUCAUUAAUACUUGUUCCUAUUUGGUGGUCCAUUGUGGCAGUAAUUAGCAUACCGUGCUUAUUGUAUAUACUUUUCGAGGCGAAGGGCAUCCAAAUGAAAUUAAAUUCUCUCGGUGCGCUAGUGCAUAGAAUAAUGGGCUCCUGGAAUUAUUGGGUACUACUUACACACAGCAAAGCGAUUCAUGAAUGCAUAAAACAUAUGGAAAAGGACUGGCAUGUCGCUCAGAGAAUCGAGGAUUACGAGGUGAUGAUGAAACACGCCAAGAUUGGCCGUUAUAUGGCCGGAGCCUGCGCAAUAUUCAUGCAAAUCAGUUCAAUUCUGUUUAACAUUUAUUCAACAAUGAAAACCGUAACCUUUAUUCACAAUAAUGUAACCGUCACGACACGUCCGUUGUCAUGUCCAGCGUAUCGCAAGCUUAUCGACGCGAGAUUUAGUCCGGCGAAUGAAAUCAUGAUUAGUAUGCAAUUCAUAUCGAGCUUCAUAAUGAAUUCCUCCACAGUGUGUAUUUGUAGUCUUGCCAUUGUGUUUGCGAUGCAUGCCUGUGGUCAAUUGAACAUGUUGUCCGCGUGGUUUAACGAAUUCGUGGAAGAUUAUGCCAAGGAAAACUAUUUAGCUCAACGAAAAUUGACCACUAUCGUCGAACAUCACUUAAGAGUUUUGUGUUUCAUAGGACGUAUGGAGAAUAUUAUGUAUAAAGCCUGUUUCGUGGAAUUAAUGGGAUGCACGCUGAAUAUGUGUUUAGUUGGAUAUUAUUUUGUUAUGAAUUGGAGUGUGUUUAGCACAGGAAAAAUAAUGUCAUUGAUUACGAUAUAUAUAUCAAUGGCUUUUAAUAUUUUUAUAUUUUGUUAUAUCGGAGAGAUUAUCACCGAACAGUGUAGGAACGUCGGUCGGAUGGUAUACAUGACUAAUUGGUACAAGUUGAAUUAUAAAACUGCGCGUGCCAUUAUAUUAAUAAUAGCACGGUCAAAUAAUGUAAUCAAAAUAACAGCGGGAAAAAUAUUUCAUCUGUCUAUCGCUACGUUUGGGGACAUAAUUAAAACUUCUUUAGCGUAUAUAAAUGUAUUGCAAACGAUGUCUGUAUGA